GUGACUGCGGCUGUGCUGUUUGUGACAUUUUCCUCUCACAGUUGACGUGAUUCAAUAAUAACGACCGCACAUUGACAUGUCAUCCGCGCGUAUUAAUCUUAUGUGUCUUUUUGUUUAGCAAUUGAUAAGUGCUUAGUUUAAAAACAUUGUGUAAGGUGAGCGACCAUUGAACAUGAGUGACAGUAGAGCGGCUAUAACCGCAGCAACUUAAGUGCCUGUGUUGUUGUAAAGUUAAAAGUAUGUUUCCUGGAAUUCAAGACUUUAAUGUGGACGUGAAAGGUGUUAAUAUGUUUCAAUCAAGCAAAAUGCAGUACUAUCUGGUACUGAAUCCAGCUUAAACUUUUAUGAGACCUAAAAUAUUGUCAGCGAUGGCUCUAUCUUUAAAACAGUGUUUACUUUUAAUAAUUCUAUUAUCCUGGCAAGUAACUAAUUUAGCUUCUAUUUGCUUAGAAACUUGCAUGUGUAAUAAUAAUAUAACUUUGUGCCAAAAAUGUUCUUAUAAUGUUACUUUCAAGGAAAACUUUAAUAUAUAUCACGCGUCCGUAUGCUGUAAUGAAGAAUUGCCGGCAUCAUCAUGGUCUCAGAAAUACAUAAAUAAAACUCUUUCGGAAGUCGCUAUUCACUUUGGAAUAACAUGUAAUGAAAGUACUGUUCAUAUAGAAUUGCCAUUAUUAAAUACUUAUUCGUUGUCUAUUAGAAAUAAUAACAUCAACAAAUUAAGAUUGAGUAUAAGACCGCAAACCUUAAGAGAAAUUGACUUAACCUCAAAUAAAUUGCAAUACAUUACCAAAGGCCUCUUUAACAACUUUUCGAACUUACGGAAACUAAUUUUGAGUAGAAAUGAAAUCAUCAACAUAUUCGAAGAAAGUUUUAAUGGGUUAUCAAAAUUGGAAUCCUUAGAUUUGUCGAAGAAUAAUUUAACAAUUUUAGCUAAUGUUUUUACGCCACUUAAAAAUCUUCAACAUCUUAAUCUAAGUAGAAACAACAUUCAGUUUAUUCAUGAGAAUUAUUUCAAUAACUGGUUGUUACAGCACUUAGAUGUAUCUCAUAAUAAUUUAAAAAAAUUGGCACCUGGAGCUCUCCAAUUAUUACCAAAUUUAGCACGAUUAUUAUUGACUGAUAAUCCCCAUUUAGGAAUCACGCAGCUAGAUACUCAAUUGUUGGUGGGUACUGGACGCAGACUGCAGCAAAUAGAUGCAUCUAGAACUGGUCUGUAUCAAGUCCCCGAGGCAUUUACACAUUCAGUUCGGUUUUUAUCAUUAGUCGGGAACAGAAUAUCAGCUGUAAGAUGUGGAGAUUUAGACAGCUAUCCAUUAUUGCAAUCUAUGGACUUUUCUGACAACAAAAUUGUCAUAGUUGAGGACGAUUCAUUGGGUAGACUGGAAAUGUUGUUAUUUUUGAAUUUCAAUAAAAAUCUACUGACUAGUAUUCCUAAAUCUUUGCCUGAUGAAUUAAAAUAUUUAUCUAUGAAUAACAAUUUGAUAAAAAAUUUAUCCAUACCAGAUCUUAAAAAUUUACCAAAUCUGAAAAUUUUGUUAUUACAAUAUAAUAACAUUAACUAUAUUGAAGAACACGUGUUUGAUGAUUUGCUGUCGUUAGAGAUGUUGGAUUUGUCGAGUAACCCUAUUAAAAUGUUAUCAUCCAAUACUUUUGAUGGACCUCUUUCUCUCAGGGAUUUAAGACUUUGCUAUUUGAACUUUACUACUCUGCAGCAAGAUGGAUCGUUUCCUAUGUCGUCGCCAGAAAGUGUCCAAAUGCUACAUCUACAAUCUAGUCCAGGAUUGGCGAGACAGUUGUUAUCAGAUUCAGCAGCUCUGGCAGCUUUUUCACAUUUGCAGUACUUGGACCUGAGAAUGAAUAAUUUAUCUGAAAUUAGGAACGACUUGCUCUUUUAUUUAGUACAAUUAAAAACAUUGAGGUUGCAUGGUAAUAGUAUUAAUUGUAGUGCGGAAUCAUGGUUAAAAGAUUGGAUGAAUUGGAAUAAAACUUUGUCCAACGGAGAAACCUGUUACUACUCAACGUCAGUAGCUAAAACAGAAAUAAAUAAGUACAAUUGUACGUUUCCCGAGACAUUUACCAUAAGUGAAAGUUUGCCACCAGUAAAUCUCUAUAGCACUGAAAUGAUUAAUAAAUUACUGAGGUACUAUGGAUAUCUAAAUAAUAAAACAGAGAAAGUAUAUAAAAAUGAAAAUAAUACUUAUAACCAGAAAAGCAAGGAAAGGAAUAAACACAACCCAGAAGUAAAUGUGAACCAUAAUAAUGUAACCAUAUUUACAGUCAACUUUCAUUUAAAGAAUGAAAAUAGAACUACUUCAAAUGAUUACUUAAACGAAAGUGCUAUAUUCAAAUCAAGAGAAUCCAGUAAAGUGUUAGAUCAAAAUAAAUUUCAAAAUGAUCAGUUUAGUAUUGAUCACAGAUUUUUAGAUAUAGAACCAUACGUUUCACCACCAACGCGAAAUUACAAGAAAAUAUCAGCAUAUGAGGAUAUUGCCGAAAUUCAAAGAAGAAAUAAAUCAGGAAAGCGCUUGAAUACUCCAAACAAUAUAACUACUAAUGUAGAUACAAAUAGAAAAUCUAUAAAUAAUUCUGAAUUUCAAAUGACAUCAAUACAAAUAAAUACUGCAGAAAUUGUUACUGUUGCUGAAUUGAACGCUUCUAGUUCUAAUACAAAAUCGGAAUAUUCACCUUACCAGUCGGCUCGUACAAAUUACGCCCAGUUUAUUGGAACUGCUGCAGUGUCCAGUUUAAUAGUAAUGUCACUGAUACUGUGGGCAAGUUUCCGAUUGCGAUAUAGGAGAAGACAAAUGCCGGUUACUGACACAGACGCGGAGGACCAAAUAGAGGUGUCGAAUAUAUCCGGCGGUGUACUCUGGUGACACCUGCGGGCAGCCGACCCCACUCCCUUCGAAUAUGACUCCCUUCUGACGUAGCAUUAAUUUCGGAGCGGUCGGCUGCUAUUAGAGAUGUCUUGUGAUACAGUUGGACGUGCAUAUUUUUUUAUUGAAAUAAGUACAAAUAGUGUGAUUAGCUGCGUAGUGAGCAGCAAAGGCUAUAAAUAUUGUUCGUGUCCAAAGUGUAAAUAAUUGUUCUGUUAAAUUAUAUCGAAGGCCAUAGACGAUAGACAUAUUUUUGUCAUAAGUCAUAGUAGCAAUGUGAUUCUAAAAUAUUUUAUAUUGAACAAGUGACAGUAAGAUUAUGACCUCUGAUAGUUUAAACUGUUGAUAAAAUAAAUUGUAAUAUAUGUAGGUAUAUAAUAUUGUAAAUAGUUAAUAAAGCUACUGUUUACAAUAUAGUAAUGUAUCUAAGUCUCUCCCGUUUCGUGAGAUAGAUUAUAGACUAACGGAGUCCAGAAUCUUACUGUGACAUAUUCAUAAUUACAUUAUUAUUGGUAUUAUAUUCCGAUUUUUUUAGAAAAACUAUUGUGAAUUAUAUAAAGCUUAAGCGA